CGCCCACACACGGAAUGUUGUGCAGAUGAGAACGCCUCUCAGGAAGCAAUGUACAAUGGGGCCGCCAGGCAUCAGCAGAAUCACCAUCACACAGAGGUUUCCAUGGCAUAAAACGUGUCCGCAAAUGCAGUUGGUCUUUGGGGAGAGCUGCUGAGGAGCUCACAACCCUCUUGCCAUUUUCCACAGCCUGAGGGGAGGUAAUUGGCAGGAGCCAUGCCUGCCCUGACCACCGGCGUGGGCCACGAGCCAGGGCUGUAUGAGUUGCUCGCAGCUUUACCUUCAAAACUGAAGCCCCAUGCCAACCACCCAGAGGAGAGCAACUUUCUCCAGGGCAUGUUUGAGGAGAAAAGCCUCCAUUCAUUGUUCAUGAUUCAUGAAAGGCUGCAGCAUUACGAAGAGAGCAAACCCACUCCUGUCUUAAACAACGCUGCAAGUCUGUGCACUCAAUUGUCCGAGGAGCUUCAAGACGAAUCAGCUACAAGAGAAGUGAAUGAGCUUCUCAAGCUUUUGGCCAAGCCCCACUUGAAGGUGAGGAUUUUUUUAGUUAUUAUUCAAACAUAAAAUGUUAUCAUUUG